AUGUUUUCUAAACAAUAUUUUCGUGUGCAAAAAAUUGUCUUUACUGGCUUAGGCAUUGAUGCUACGGUCAAAGAUUCGAAAUAUCUAAUUAAACGACCAGUGCUGUUGUACGGUUUAAUAUUAUUAUCAUUUUUUCAUUUCAUCAUUGUCACCCAUUAUAUCUGGAUAAACAGUGGCGAUUUUGUGGAAGUAACCGAUUCUAUGCCAAUGUUGUGUCAAUUGAUUUUAAGCAUUUGGAAAAUGACUAUAUUCCUUUACAAACGUCAAGAGAUAUUGCAAUUGAUAAAUGAAAUUCAUGCGAUCAACUUAAAUGCUAAACCUGAUGAGGUGUUUUUGGUGCGUCGUGAGAAUUCCAAGGAUAAUUUUCUUUGCAAUCUGUACUUAAGAUUGGUCACAAUUACCGGAAGUUUUGCUGUUACACAUCCGGUUAUGUAUGCUAUUUACAUGUAUGGCUCUCGUGGUGUAGUGAUUUUGAAUGAAGCGAAUAAGGCCUCUUAUUUUUGGGAUUAUAGCCAUUUAUCGGGCUAUUCAUUGGUGUUUAUGUUAAAUGGUUUUACUGUUUACUUUGUAUGCGUCGUGUCUUUGGCCCUGGAUUCACUCUUCUCCUGGUUCGUUAGCAACAUUUCUGCUCAGUUUCAUAUACUUUCUCAUCGUUUCGAAAACUUAGCUCUUAAUUACUCUGAUACUACAAUAACUCAGGACCAGCAAAUAUUUCUCAAAUCCCUUGUAUCGUGUAUAAAAUACCAUCGCCAGACUUUACAGUUGGCCGAGACCUUGAAUCAAGUUUAUGGUGAAAUAAUAUUCAUAAAAUGUACCAUCGUUUGUAUAGAAAUUUGCAGUUUAGUUUUUCGUGCCAGUCGUCCACAUGAUUCUCUAGCUGAAGCAGCCUAUAAAAGUUUGUUUUUAUGUGCGGUAGCUUUACAAUUGAUUCUAUACUGCUACAAUGGCCAAAGGAUAAAGGAUGAAAGUUUCCAGGUAACCGAUGCGAUUUAUUGUGCCUUUGACUGGUCCAGUUUAACUAAAUCAUCUAAAGGAAUGCUUUUUGUUACUAUGAUUCGUUCUCAAAAAUCUAGUAAUGUUAGGGGAGUUUUCUUUGAGGUGGAUUUAAGUUUGUUUUUAUGGGUUUUCAAGACAGCUGGAUCUUUAAUAACCGCCUUAAAGACUUUGGAUGAAAAUCAGGAUUGA